CAUCAUCAUCUGGUGACUGAUGAACACACGCAGGACAGGGCGCGUGUUGACCCGGAUCAAUACUGCAACUCCCAGUCUGACCAGUCAUGUGACUUCAGAGAGGAUGUUCAGUCUUGAGCGAGCUUCCAGUGGACGGCAGGUGUAGGGAGGCAAAGGAUCAUGGGAGAUGGAGGGCCCCUGCAGACGGAGGGGAACGCUCUCCUCAAAGCUGUGUUCCAGGGAAAGCUGCGGCUCGCCCGGUUGCUGUUAGAGGGCGGAGCCUACAUCAACGAAGGCAACGAACGGGGAGAGACACCCAUCUCCGCCGCCUGCCUGGGGAACUAUGACGACCCGCAGACCCGCCAGAGGAUGGUCCGCUACCUGCUGGAGAAAGGCGCUGACCCCAACAUCCCAGACAAGAGCGGCCGCACGGCGCUGAUGCAUGCCUGCGCCGAGCAGGCAGGGCGAGAGGUGGUGACCCUGCUGCUGGAGAACGGGGCAGACCCCAGCCUCAGAGACUACGCCGGUGCCUCCGCCCUGGUCCACGCCAUCAACAGGGGAGACCGCGACACGCUGCAGGUACUGCUGGACGCCUGCAAGGCCAAGGGCAAGGAGGUGAUCAUUAUCACCACUGACACAUCUCCGUCGGGCACCAAGAAGACCAAGCAGUACCUGAACUCGCCACCCUCACCUGGCAUCGUGGACAAACUGUCCCCUGCUUGCAUGUCUCCUUCAGAAGUGGAGAUCGGCACUGCGUCACCUGCAGGGGACAGGACCAAUGGCCAGGAGGGCAUCUUCAGCUUUGCGCUCACCUCGGCCUUACCACUGCCUUCCACUCGGCCUCCAGGUGAGAAGCGGCCCCCGCCUCGGAAGCUCCUGAAGAGGCUGAACUCGGAGCCCUGGGGCCUGGUGGCACCCUCGGUGCUGAGCGGAGUUCCUCCGGACCGGCUGGACACGGGUCUUGAGGAAGAGGGCAGCAGCGAUCUGAGCAGAGCCACCGCCGAGAUGAACGGUCUAUCCAUCUCAGAGCCGGUCCGGACUCGGUUGUCACGACGACACAGCAUCGAGACGCAUGACCCCUGCUCUCCCAAGCCCAUUGACCGGUCGUGCUCCGAGGACUGCACCGGCCUCUCUGCCACGUCCUGGGCCGACAAGGUGCAGCAGCACCAGAUCCUGUACCGGAGAAACACCGCCCCUGAACCCCAGGAGAACGCCGGGGGGCCUGGGGCUAUCCGGCUCCUGGUGCACCCUAAACUGAGCCGCAUGGAGCACUACGAGUCCGACACUCAUCUUUGUCCAGAGUCCAUCCCUGGAUCGCCAGACUCUGGGCGGGUGUCAGUGGAACGGCGACGGUAUAAUGCCUCCCCGUUGUCCCUGGUGACCAGCUCAUCCAGGGAGUCUCUGGAGAACAUUCCUAACUCGGUGUCGCCCAUCACUGUGCGCCGUCGGCCCCCAGGUCUGCUGGAGCGCCGCGGCUCCGGGACGCUGCUGCUGGACCACAUCUCCCACACUAGGCCCGGCUUCCUGCCUCCUCUCAACAUCAACCCCCACAGACCCAUUCCUGACAUUCGAGCCAAUGGAAAACCCACCUCCCCCGUUCACAGCGGACACAAGAUCCUGGUCCCCAUGGCCCCAAUAUCUCCUAAGCGGGGCCCCGAAUCCAAAAUGAAGAAGAAGCUGAUGAGGAGGCACUCCAUGCAGACAGAGCAGAUGAAGCAGCUCUCCACCUUCCAGGAGAUCCUGGCUGAGAAGGUGGUUGAGUCCAAUGGGGAUUGAUGACAGGAGGCAACAAAGCAUGAUGGGUAGCUGCUGAGUCCCAGCUAACACCAGGUCCUGGUGACUGAGGUGAGCUUUGUUUGACACCACCUGACUGGAUCAAUUCUGUUCACUGAGGUUUGGGUCGAAGGGAUGGUUCUGAUCCAAUGGGAUGUUCCCUGCAGCCAUCAGAGUGUUACCAGUGUGGAGAAUCAGAGCUUUUCCCCAUCUAAAACAUCAACUUGGAGGUGCGUUUGAUUCAGAGAUGGUCCUGUAUGACGAUAUGUUGGUGCUGGAGACUCGACAACCAGGCAGAUCCUGAACCUCCAGGCAAGUCACAGGGCAGAGGAGGUUCUGAUUGGAGCCACACAGUGGCUCCUACAGGACCAGAACUUUUCAGACCAAACCCUCCAAGAUCCAGCCAGUGGUCAACCCUGGAUUCUGGUGGUAUCUCUGCUGAGGUGUGGGGGCGUCUCAGAGAGUUAGGGAUGGUCCUCGAAAGAUACUCCAUCCAAAGUAUGGAGAACUGAAUGAACCUCCUCACUUCACUGUGUUCUGGAUCAGAACCGGUCCUGUAAUGUAACCGGGUCGAUUUCUCUGACGUGGAUGAUCUUCAGGACCUCCCCAACCAGGAUCAGAGGCUGCGUGACUGCAGGGAAGGUACUGAACCGCUCAGAACCAGAACUCUGGUCCAGGUUUUCUGCAGAUCUCAGCAAGAACCUGAGGAGAGUCUGAUGCAGGCGAGGUGAACCCUGACCCCUGAGGACCGGAGGCACUUCUGGCACAGAACCAAACUCUACAAGAACUUUUUCUUUAACAACCUCAAACCAAGACAGAGUAACUAAACCCCAAAAUACUCUCUAUAACCGGUUCUUAAGAGUCCUGUCUUAUUUUUUUGUACAGACAUUUUCAUGCAAAUUUGACUAAUUCUGCAAUAUUUUUUUGUCUAAAACCGUCUCAGUGCUGCCCUCAUUAGGUUGAAGGGUGGCUACUGCAUCUGAUUUUUCCUGUUGGUUCCAGUCACUCAGCUGGCAUUAGUGCUAACCCCUCCCUCAUCCCCACACUUGGCUCCACCCACAUGGUGGUUUUUUCAUAAAUUUGUCAGGGGGCGGAGCUUUGCUUUCUGUUAAUUACACUUUAAAUCAGCCUGAAGGUGGCGCUUCUGUCCUGCUGCGCGUCACAAACUGAAUGCUCAGAUCUCAUUUGAACGGUUUGCUGAUGUGCAAAGACUGACCCCUGGUGGUCACAGCAGAUUCAGCAACAGGUCUCUUGCAGGUUCACGGAUCUCAAGUCAGGUUUCAUCUGCAGCUCGGGCUAAGCUCAAACUAAAUCUGACCCGUAUUUUAAUGAUUCAACUGAAAAAAUUGAACUGUUAUUUUACAGACUUAUUCCAGAUUGAUAUCAAAUAAUCUAUAUUUGAACUGUUUCAGUUAAUGUGGAUCAGGGUGUCAAACUCCAGUCCUGGAGGCCCUGAAACCUUUAGAUGAGCCUCUGCUGCAGCACCUAAACAGAAUA